UUACAGGCAGCCGCUGACACACACAUGGUAACACCCCGCAGACAGUGCGCACAGCCGCCGCCGUACAGGAAGUUCCCCAUCUGAUUGUUGGGCCAUUUUCCUCAUACCAUACACUGGAGUCAGGGACCCGGUGCGGACCGGAACAGGAGAAGCUACCGUACUCCGGGGCCGGCGAUACAGGACAUGGGCGAUCCUGACAGCACAGACCUUCACGCCAGCAAACCGAUUCAAGUGAAUCUGACAGGACAUGAAGACAAAGUUGGGAUGGAAGACUUUGAGCUUCUAAAAAUUUUGGGAACUGGAGCAUAUGGGAAAGUUUUCCUUGUACGGAAAGUAACAGGCCCAGAUGCGAAGCGUCUUUAUGCUAUGAAGGUUCUGCGCAAAGCAGCCCUGGUUCUAAAAGAGAAAACUGCAGAGCACACACGGACUGAACGCACAGUGCUAGAACAUGUGAGACAGAGUCCCUUCCUUGUGACCCUUCACUAUGCCUUCCAGACAGACUCCAAACUUCAUCUUAUACUAGACUAUGUUAGUGGCGGAGAGCUUUUUACUCACCUCUAUCAGCGGGAUAACUUUUCGGAAGACGCUGUACGGUUUUAUUCUGGAGAGGUUAUUCUGGCUCUGGAACACCUGCACAAGUUGGGCAUUGUGUACCGUGACAUUAAGCUUGAGAAUAUCUUAUUGGACAGUGAUGGUCAUGUGGUGCUGACAGACUUCGGCCUGAGCAAGGAGUUUAUGUCUGAAGAGUGUGAGCGCACAUAUUCCUUCUGUGGCACAACUGAGUAUAUGGCACCAGAGAUAAUACGAGGGCAGGGAGGUCAUGGCAAAUCUGUAGAUUGGUGGAGUUUGGGGAUCCUCAUUUAUGAACUACUGACAGGAGCGUCCCCGUUCACGCUGGAGGGAGAGAAGAACACGCAAAGUGAGGUUUCCAGGCGGAUCUUGAAGAUGGAGCCCUCAUAUUCCUCAUCUUUAAGUUUGGAGGCUCGAGACCUGCUUCAAAAGCUACUGCGUAAGGAUCCAAAAAAACGACUUGGAGCCGAAGGUGCUUCCCAAAUAAAAGAACAUCCUUUCUAUAAGGGCCUAGACUGGGAAUCGAUGGCUCUCCGAAAAGUCACUCCUCCAUUCCGCCCCUCUAUCCGCAGUGAGACAGAUGUCAGUAACUUCUCAGAUGAAUUCACCAGUCUUGAUCCUGUGUACUCGCCAGCUGCAACCCCGCCUUCUGGAGCACGUAUAUUCCAGGGUUACUCCUUUGUGGCUCCCUCUGUACUAUUUGGUGUGAAUGCUGUAAUGACAGAUAUGGGUGCUCCAUCUGCUGACAAACCUGCAAGCCCCACAUUGGCUCUAAGCGCUGCUAUGAAGGACUCGCCAUUCUUCCAGCAGUAUGAGAUGGAUCUGCAGGAGCCAGCUUUGGGGUCUGGGAGUUUCUCUGUGUGUAGGAAAUGCCGGCAUCGGCAAACCAAGAAAGAAUACUCUGUGAAGAUACUGAGUAAGCGGAUGGAGGCAAAUACUCAGCGAGAAGUGGCUGCUUUGAAGUUAUGUCAGGGACACCCCAACGUUGUGACUCUUCAUGAUGUCCUACACGACCAGUAUCAUUCGUAUCUUGUGAUGGAGCUCCUGGAUGGUGGGGAGCUGCUGGAGCGCAUAAAGAAACAGUCUCGUUUUAGCGAGGUAGAGGCAAGCAGUCUGAUGCGCAGUCUUGUGAGUGCUGUGUGUCACAUGCAUGAAGCUGGAGUAGUGCACAGAGACCUUAAACCUGAGAAUCUUCUCCUUUCAUCUCCUGGUGAAGAUGCUGUUCUCAAGGUGAUAGACUUUGGGUUUGCCAAGCUCCGCCCACCAGGGACACGCCCACUUCAUACCCCUUGCUUUACAUUGCACUAUGCUGCUCCAGAACUACUAUCUCGCCAGGGUUAUGAUGAGUCCUGUGAUUUAUGGAGCCUCGGGGUAAUUAUGUACACAAUGCUAUGUGGCCAGGUUCCCUUCCAAGGCGAGCGGGGUGGGUCCCCCCAGAGUCGAGCUGCUGACAUCAUUCACAAAAUCAAGGAGGGAGACUUUGUUAUGGAGGGUGAGAGCUGGGAUCACGUGUGCGAUGAAGCUAAGGAUCUGGUGAAAGGCCUGCUGACUGUAGAUCCUUCUUGUCGACUGAGUCUUGGUGAACUAAAGGAGAGUGACUGGUUGCGAGGAGGACGUCCUCUCUCAUCCACUCCUCUUAUGACGCCUGAUGUCCUGGAAUCCAGUGGCAUGGCCACCAAGACCUGCGUGCAUGCCACUUUCUUGGCAUUUAACCGUGGAAAGCGAGAGGGAGUUUUCCUGAAGAGCGUGGAAAACGCCCCUCUGGCCAAAAGGCGCAAACUAAAGCAGUGCAGCACUGGAGGGAAUGCACGUAGCGGAUCCUCAUCUUCUUCAUCCUCUUCUUCAUCAACUGCUGCAACAACUACAGCUCGCUCUCCAAAAUCCAGGGUGCCCCCACAAAACCAUAGACUGGCAAAUGCCUAACUGAUUGUUUUACGUAUGCACACUACGUUCCCUGUCAUUUUGUGCAAAUGGAGGAGCUCCUAUUUUUCUUUUACUACAAGACACACUCCUGAAUGCUGUCCCAAGAUUUUAUUUGAGAUAAUUGUGGGCACUUAUAUGCAUAUGACUUACGUGUGAGUACAGAGAAUUUACAAAGGUCACACUGUCAUGGGUUCAAAUAGUAAAACUGUCCAGUGCACUUUGUGUAGUAAGAUGCAUAUAAACACUAGCCAUUCUCAAAGAACUAGGGAUUGCCAGUCUUCCCUUAAAGAUGUAAUGUGCUCCUACAGGGGCAGUUUUGGGAUAGGGCAAAGAGGGCACUUGCCUUGAGCCACAAGCUUGAAUAGGGCUGUCUGACGUUUGUACCAGCAUUUACUGUUUAUAUUUUACAUUUUAUUUGUGUUUAUAUGUGCAUUUUUUUUAUUAACAGGCAUUUCUUCAAGCUGAAUAUAAGGGCCACUUCUUGUUUCUGCCCAGAGCAAUCUAGCUCAUGCCCUCCCUACAUGCUUUGAUACUAGGAACAUAAUAUGUACGUCUGUAUGUGUAGAUAUGUAUAUACAGUAUAUAUAUAUAUGCUAUAACUGUUACUAGAGUGUUGUACCAAAUAGCCAUAAAUUAACACAAAUCUAUUUUUGUUAGCAUGAUAUUACUAUAAAAAUUCCUAGGAGUGAAAAGAAAGUUUUUGUACAGAGUAAGAGGAAUAGCGCUGGAAUAGUGCUGUAAGAGGAUGUAUGGCCUUCUCUUUUACAGGCCCCAAGGAACAAUAUUCUGUAGUUAGACCGUGUGCAUUGGAAAGGUGUAUUUUUGGGAGGAAAAAAAACACUGUACAGAAGUUUGGUUUGGGCUCAACAGCUUAAUGUACUAACUACGUCCUGCCUGCCGUGUUUAUUAGCCAGAUCAUUAAGUGAUUGCUACAGGCACACAUAGAUCCUCAUUGAUCCUGUUUUUAGCAGAGCAGCACCAUGGGUAACAUUUAGGUGGAGAGAUUGUGACCUCCAUUGCCCUUUCAUCCUGCCUCCCAGCGUGCCGUUAAAACAUUUUUUUUUAGUUCUAGCUAAUCACCCCUUCAACUAACUUUGCAGUCCCCUCUUAUCCUUAUUGUGUAAAACCCAUAUCCUCUAUAGAUUGUAAGCUCCUAUGAGCAGGGCCCUCAUCCCUUUGUCUUCACUACAUAAUUAUGCUGUUCACUGUAAUUGUGUUUCUGUGAUUUUAUAUUCUGUCUGUACUUAUGUAUCCUGUUGUCAGUUUUACCCCCUUGUCCGGAGCUGCCAAACCUUUCUGGUGCCGUAUAAAUUAUGAUGAUUAUUAUUAUUAUUAUUAUUAUUAUUAAUAAUAAUAAUGAUAUAACCUUUAGUCUGCAGAACUGCAGUAUGAUGGGAGAUAUACAGGGGAAAAAAAGAGGAAAUGUUUCACUGUAUUCUCCAUAUUUACCUUGAUGUAAGGAUCCCUAAGUAGUUUUGCUGAAAAUGAUUGUUAAUACUUUUGGGGUAUUUCAUAAAAUAGUUCUGUGUAGAAAAAAAAAAAAUCAGUGUCCAACAAAACUAAUUUUAGGCUGUAUGUAACGAUCUACUUGCCAAUCAGGUCUUGUUCACAGCAUAGCCAAUCAUAUCAUCCACAUGUUUAUUACAGCAGUAAGAGACAAGUGAGCCGAUAUUGUGGAAGGCAGUGACCUGUCUAUGAGGACACAGAUCACACCUUUGUAUAAUACACAAUGUAUACAUUCACCCUGUUCUGAUGCUUUAUAGAAUAUUUCAGCAAAUGUCAUUGUCUUGUCAUAAAUUGCCUUAUACGUCA